UACAGGUCAGUCAAUGACAAUAUGUAUUGAGUUAUUUUAUGACCUGAAUCUAUAACAGCAAAGAUGAGUGUCAAUUUUGUAGAUUACUUUGCCAACGAAUAUAAUGGAUACGAUAUUUUAUAUCAAAAUAUGAAAUACGGACUCAUAGCUAGUAAGGAGCUCUCAGAGUAUCUUAAAGAGAGAUCUAAUUUAGAGGAAUCUAAUUCGAAACUUCUAUCAAAACUCGCCAAACAAGCGAACAGCAACUGCGCUCAUGGGACUUUCGCUCCAUUCUGGACUGUAUUAAAAUGUUCUGCAGAAAAACUUUCGAGUUUGCACCAACAUAUGUUUCAGAAAGUAAGUGAGCUUGUGAAAGAUGUUGCACGUUAUGCUGAUGAGCUUCAUAAAAAACAUAAAGCUGUUAAGGAUUCAGAGGCUACUACUUUGGAAGCAGUACUUGUGAUAACAAAUACAAGAAUGUGCUUACAGAAGGCAAAGGACUCUUACACCUCGAAAUCAACAGAGUUAGAGAAACUCAAGAAAGAUAAUGCUUCAAGUAAAGAGAUAGAAAAAGUUGAGGUUAAAUUGAAGAAAAUACAUGAUGAAUAUAGCUUCCUAGUGGAUAAAUAUAAUUCAAUUAAGCAGGACUUUGAUAAAAAAAUGACUCAGAGCUGUAAGCACUUUCAAGAUGUUGAAGAAGCACACUUGAAACAAAUGAAACAGUUUGUGAAUUCAUUUGCAGAUCUUAUACAGAACAGUCAUGAUCUUAUGGGGCAAGUUCAUAGGGAUUUCAAACAUCAGUGUCUAGAACUGACAGUUGAAAAGUUAUUGGAACAAUUUCUUGUUGAUAAAUAUAUUGGAAUAGACAAGGGAAGUCCAAUAGAGGUACCUCCUGUUCUUCCAAAACAAAAUUCGGCAAAUAAUUCAGUUUCAGAGGCAGAUCAAAUAUCAUCUGUAUCAAACGGUUCACAUAAACCUACCCAAGCUCCCAAAGCUGCUAAAAAAGAGCCAUCAUUUGCAACAAGAACUUCAAGAAGAACAACCUCAUUAUUGAAUUUGUUUACACCAAACUUCCAAAGCAAAGAUGAACCUUCCUCAAACCCUGAAGGUACUGCACCAUGCUCUGCACCAUCAAGUCCAAGUGGAACACCUGCUAUACCGGCUAUCACUGAAAAAGAUGAUAAUAUGAACCGAACUACAUUAAGAGAAUCAAAGUGGUUCCGUAGAACUAAAACCAAAUUGAAAAAGGCAAAGAAAAAGAAGGAUGAAAUAUCGGAAAAUACUAAUGCUGGAGAAAAAUCAGAUUUGGAGGAAAAAGAAGAAGAUAUUACUACAAAAGAAGAUUUAAUGAAUUCUCCAGAAGUUGAUGAAGAAGGUUAUUGUGUUAGACCUAAGGAUGAAAAAGGAAGUGUUUAUUCCUCUAGUGAUUCAGAUUCAGAAGAGGAAAGAGAGCAAAAGAUACAUGUCGAAAUUAAACCCAUCACUAAUGGAAACACCCCAAUGUCUGCAAGUGUUGAUGAGCUUAGAGCAACUGUUGAAAAUAUUUCCCUUUACAAAAUAGGAACCACAACACGUAGAGGUUCCAAUACCAAUGCAAGUAAAGCAAGCUCUGACCUUGUUGAUUUAAAUUUCUUUCAAACAACAGCUGCUAGUAACCCCACAUCUCCACAUAACAAUGUCUCCAAUCCUUAUGCCCCACUACAAACAAACACAACACAUUUACUAGAAAGUCCAUCUCUUAAAACAACAGGACACACAAGUGAAAUAUUUACUGAAUUAACAGAAGUGAGUCAAUCAAAUUUCCGCACUUCAACACCAACUAUCUCUACUAUUUCACUACCUCGGCCUCCGUCCAGGCGAUCAGAAGGUGAUUUCAGGGCUGCUGGUUCAUCAGGGUCCAGAGGGCCAUCGCCUUUAACAAUAGGCAUGACUGACACAAUCCCUUUAGCUGUAGCCUUUCAUGAAAUUAUACAUUCAUACUUUAGAGGUACAGCAGAAUCAAAGUGUCAAGUCAAAAUGUCAGGUGACAUGAUGCUUUCCUUUCCGACAGGUAUUGUUGGUGUUCUGGCCAACAACCCGAACCCAGCAAAACUUAGCUUCAGAUUGAAAAAUAUACACAAGUUGGAUAAUGUUUUGCCAAACAAGCAACUUAUUAACAUAAAUGCAAUGAUGUCUACUCAAGACACAACAGUUGUUGAAUUCAAUAUGCCUGCCUUAACUUCAUUGUUAAAACGCCAAUCUGAAAAGAAUCCUACUGCACAAUACUUUAAUGUGGAUAUUCUGAAGUAUCAGAUAAAACCAAAACCUGGAGCUGCCUCAUGCCCUUUGCAAAUGGUUUCAUAUUGGAAGUGCGAGCAGGACCAUACAGAUUUAAAAGUUGACUAUAAGUAUAAUCUUCACUCUAUGAGUCCACCAUCACCACUUCUCAAUGUUUCCAUAUGUGUGCCUAUGAGCGGGUCUGUUCAAAAUGUAAUAGCUAUGCCUAAAAAUAGCUGGAACUCUGAUAUUGAGCAGGCCUUGUGGCGAUUUACUGAGCUAUCCCAACAUUCAGAAGAUAAAGGUGUAGGAUCAUUGAAGGCGAGAUUCGAACUGAGUAAUGGUCCCUCAAAGAAGUCAACAAUUGCUGCACAGUUCAACUGUGAGGGUGCCACUCUGUCUGGUAUAGAGUUUGAACUGAUUGGAAGUGGAUAUCGUCUUUCUCUUGUAAAAAGGCGCUUUGUUUCAGGAAAAUAUAUAUGUGAUAGUGAUUUGCACUAAUUCUUUUCACAGAAUAGAUUAAGAUUUAUGUAAUAAUAAUAAACCUUAUAGGACUGUUUCCUGUCCAUUCAAAAUUGCUUGUAACAUAAAAUAUUAUGUCAAUUUUCCUAACUCAUAUGAACUUGUAACCAUUUGUAGUUUUAUUUUAAGUUUCACCAUUUUGCUAAGUUAAUAUUUAACUCAAAAUAGUAAUGUGCCAUUUUCUGUAAUAUGGUAGGACAUAAUAAUUUAACAUUUUAAUUAUCAUCACACAAAGGCUUAAUGAAAUUAAUAGUCUAAUAAUAAUAUCAAAAUUUGAUAAUUCAAUGAAACAGUAAUGCUUUGUUAUAUCUUCUAAAAUUUAAAUUUAACAACACAUGAAUGUUAUAAGAAUAAAUGAUUGAUUUUAUAAAUCAAAGUGCAGUAUAAAGUUUGCAUCUGUUUAUCAUCUUUAUUAUUCAGACAGAACUUUCUAGAUAUUGUAAUUGAAUGUAAUUUUUUGUAUUAUUCUUAUUUGGUGUCUUUUAUAAUGUCAAUAUAUCAAAUAAAUUUAUACAUAGGAUUAUUUAAUUAUUAUGUGCAUUUGUUUUGUUUGUCAUUGAGGAUGAUGUUUUUGUUUAUUCAUUACAUUGUUUAAAUUAUAGAUAAAGUAUGAUAUAAUAAUUAGCUAAGAUUCAAUCAAUUUAAUUGAUUCAGCUGAAUCUCUAGAAUUUUGUAUUGUGGAUUAUAUUUGUUUAGUUUUGUUUACACCAGUGUAAUCUCAUUUUGUUGUUUUAAAUAAAUUUAUUUAAUUAUUAUUCUGCACGUAUUAUUCUAUUACUUUUACAUAACAGUGUUUAUAGUUACACAAAUUUAAUUACACUUUUAGUACAUAACACACAGCCAUUCCAUUAAAUUAUUAUAUUGUGUAAGCUUUUAUUUCAUAACUGAACAGAUAACAGAAUAAUAAUUGUUUUUCUGAUACAUACAAAAUCAAAUGUACAAUUGCAAAGAUACAGAAAUUGAAAUUGAUGAAUUAUUUUUGUAUUGUAUAAAAUUUUAUUAUGUAUUACUGUAACUUAAUGUAAUCGUAAAUAAAUGGAACAUAUAA